ACUGUUCGGUAUGGCAAGCAGUAUACACACGAAAAGAGCUACGAUAAAUACGGAAAAUUCAUAUGUUUUAAAUUCGACUCGACAAUGUGCCAAUGUACUCCGGGCUGUUGGGUCCAGUUCUAUUCAAUAUGGUGCAUCGUAUUGGGUAUCUUUGUGUUUGUGGAGGUAUCUUAUCUUGUGUCUACGGAACCCACUGAAGCGCCGAUUCGGAUUGGCCCUAUAAGGAUAGAUUUGUUCUUACCUAUCUAUGUUGUUGUAUGCCUCAUUUGCGUGUCUUACCUUUUCGCUGGGCUAUUCAUGGUGAUUGGUCAAUUAUUGGACUCAAAGGCAUUGUUUAAAACUGGAAAAUGCCUAAGCUACGUUUUACCUAUUGCAGGAUUUCUUCUCAUACUUCCAGCAGUUGUCCACGCCUUCGCUAUAGUAAAUAUGUACAAAUAUCAGGAACAACGUUGGCCAAAGCACUCCUAAUGUCUUACUUUUUAAGUAAAUCUUUCCCUUUCAUGUCAGGAAAAAGAAGAAAAAAUAGUAUUCGGCUCACUAGUUUCG